AUGACAACCGACGACAGUUCUAUAUCGACUCAAAUGGCAAAGGACCUUGCAGACUCGCUUUACUCGUGUGAGAAACAUCCUCUCUUUUCUCCAAAGUAUGGAGCUCCCAUGACCAACAAGGCCGAGACAAAAGCUGUUCUGAAUGCAUUGUUGAAUGGAAUUCGACCAGCCAGCGCCAAUGUCGCGGGCUACGGCCCUCUACUGCUGUCGGAUAUUCCCGACUCAGCUAAGGAGAGCAAAGUAGUCGUGGUUGGUGUUGAUGAAGCGGGUAGGGGCUCCGUGUUGGGUCCGAUGGUCUACGGCGCUGCAUAUUGGAGUGCAUCUGUCGAGGAAAAGAUACCUAAAGGCUUCAACGAUUCCAAACAACUGACGGAACAGACUCGAGACAAACUCUUUGACCAACUAUUGGACCACGAGGACAUUGGCUUUUGUAUGCGAUCCCUCUUGCCGUCGGAAAUCUCCCGAAAUAUGUUGCGUUCCAAGCCUUACAACUUGAACGAAAUGAGUCACGAUUCGACCAUGUUGAUGAUUCGAAAACUAUUGGAUGCUGGUCUGAAGGUGAAGAAGGCUUUCAUUGAUACCGUCGGGAACGCAUACACAUAUCGACGCAAGCUGGAAGGACAAUUUCCUGGGAUUGAGUUUGUGGUGGAGAGUAAGGCUGAUGCAAAGUAUGCUUCUUGUUCCGCGGCAUCUGUAGUGGCAAAGGUAUCGCGCGACAAAUUCAUGAGUGGCUGGAAGUUCACUGACGAACUACAGGAUGUGUCGAGAGAUUUUGGCAGCGGUUAUCCGUCCGACCCAAAAUGCAAGGCAUGGUUUGAGAAACUGCAGGAUCCUUUGUUUGGGUACAACGACUUUGUCAGAUUUAGCUGGGCACCCAUCAAGAAAAAAAUUGCAGAAAGUGACGAAGAAGCUGCCGUGAAUGUACUGUUCCAGGCCGAUCUGGAUGACGACGAGAAUGACCUCAAACAGGAACAACAGGGAAUGUCAAGCUUUUUGAGCGGUUCCAAGAAACACAAGAGAGCACGGUACUUUGAGCAACGAACGCUAAGUGUAGUCACUUCCUUGUCAUCAUAG